GCCGCCUCCCUGGGCCCGCGGGCGGCUCGGGCCAUGCGGGGCCAUGCGGGGCCCGGCGCUGCUGCUCUCCCGCCGGGCCGGGGCCGCGCUGGGGCCGGGAUGGGCUCCGGCACAGCUGGAAAAGAAGACAAAAGGGACACCUGAGAAGCAGAUUUGUCAGGUGGUUCUGGAUCACUUUGAGAAGCAGUACACCACAGAACUGGGAGCUGCAUGGAGCAGUGUCAGAGAUGUGCUGACCUCUCCAUGGUGCUGGCAGCACGCUGUGCUGCUGAACAGGUUCAGCCAGUGCCCUGGCCUGGAGAGCAGCCUGGCCAUGCAGGGAUAUCAUCCUGCCUUUCCAGCAGCCCUGCCCUACCUUCCAGCAGCCUUCAGGUGUUACAUCAGGAGAGCUCCUGGGAGGUUCCCUGCUCAGAAACACCAGGCUGGCAAACUGAAGGAGUAUUAUCUGCUCAAUGCUGCCUCGCUGCUGCCAGUGCUGGCCUUGGAGGUGAAGGAUGGGGAAGAUGUUCUGGAUCUCUGUGCUGCACCAGGGGGYAAAUCUAUAGCUAUCCUGCAGUGUGCCUGUCCAGGUCAUUUUCACUGUAAUGAAUAUGAUGAUUUGAGGUCAAGAUGGCUGGAACGGACAAUAGAAUCCUUCAUCCCAGAUCCUUUGAUGAAYUUGAUAAUGGUCUCUAAAUUGGAUGGUAGACAGAUUGGACAUCUUAAACCUGGACUAUAUGACAAGGUACUGGUUGAUGCUCCUUGUUCAAAUGAUAGAAGUUGGCUCUUCUCUGGUGACCCUCAGCAAGCUGUGCUCAGGCUCAUGCAAAGGAAGGAAUUGUCCUCUCUGCAAUUUCAGCUUCUAAGGUCUGCUAUUAAAGCCCUGCGUCCUGGUGGAUCGUUGGUCUAUUCCACGUGCACUCUUUCCAGAGCAGAAAACAGUGAUGUGAUCAAUCUYAUCUUGGACUCUUGCAGGAAUGUGAUCCCUGUGGAUAUAAGUGAGAUGGCCAAAGGUGUUUCCCAGGAAUUCACUUUUUUCAGUGGAACAAGACAGCACGAACUGUUGGUUCUCCCAGAGAAAGGGAGAGCAUGGGGUCCGAUGUACGUAGCUAAACUAAAGAAAAUAGCCUCCACCUGAUGGUUUAUAAUCAACAUAUGAUAAAUGAAUAUUUAUUUAAAUACUGGAUGUGUAUAUGAACAUGUCCAAGGCAACUGAAUUUAGUGCUGCAGUUUCCUGCAGCUGCUGCCUGAUAAACAGGAAGCAAGACAUUCAACUUAUUUUAGCUUAAAAUACCAAAUGUGCCUUCUAAUGUGGGCCUGUGGGCCUCUGAGAAGUCCUUAUGAAGUCAAGGGAGCUUUGUAUUGUUUUCAAGGUGGAGCUUUAAAAGGGAUUUGGAUUCUGGAAUAGAGGCCUAAUGUKGUAGUUUUGCACUGGUUUUUGGUUUUGUUUGUUUGU